AUGCCGCCAAAACGAAGACGUUCAUAUUUGUCAAAUGCCGACAAAUAUGACAUCAUUAAGAUGAAAGACAGAGGAGUGCAUCGAAAAAUCAUAUUAAAAAAGUACGGUAUUUCACUAUCCUGCUUGAGCCAUAUGAGUGCUAAAAGGGAAGAGAUUAUAAGACAAUACGAGAUCAGUAGAGUGACUCGUACAUGUACUUCAAAAAGUAUAUCAUGCCGAGAUAUAAGCGAUUUAGAAGAAAUUGUUUACCAUUGGUUCAUACAAUGUAGGACACAUGACAUAAAAAUAACAGGAGCAGAUGUGCGUCACAAAGCUCAAGAAAUUAAUAAAAAAUUAAACUUACAUCCUCAUUUUAAAGGCAAUAAAGAUUGGGUGCGCAUCUUUCGAGAACGUCACUGUAUUACUGAAGAGGAUAUCCAACGAGAUUUUCCAACCACAACUCAAGCUGGAACGAAAGCCUUCAAAGAUAUGGUUAAAGAAUGUCUGGACAAAGGGCAGUGGACAUUGGAGAACGUUUACAAUGUCAUUUACACACCAAUAAUGUGGAAAUUAGUACCAGAAAAAACUGAGAUUUUUCAACGUGCGAAAUCGACAGGGAACGAACAAAUGAUCGAAGAUCACGUUAUUGCUCUUCUUUGUGUAAAUGCUACCGGAUGUCACAAGUUGCCGAUACUAAUAAUCGGAACCGAAAAAGAAAAUCACAAAUUAUACAAUUUCAAAACGAAUAUCUUCUCAACUAUCUACAAAUCAAAAUCUAAUCCUUGUAUGGACAGUACAAUUUUUGAUCAAUGGUUCGAAGAUCAUUUCUUAACAUCAGUUAGAGAAAAACAAAACAGAGGAGAGAGGCAGAAAACGGUCUUGCUACUAGAUAAUGCUAGGUCGCUUCACGAUCUCAAGAAUCUAAAUAAAAAAGAUAAUUUCGUUACAGUUAUAAGUAUUCCAAAUGACGUAUCACGAUUCGUACUACCGAUAAAUUGUGGAAUACUCACAUGUUUCAUACGAAAGUACCGAAAAGAAUUGGCGAAAACAUUAGAGCCGUUACCUACCUGCAAUACGGAGGAUGAAGUGAUAGACAUCCAUAAAAAUUUAAACCUGUGGGAUUGCUGCCGCAUUGUAGAUAAGGCUUGGUCAAAAGUCGACGAUAUAGUUAUAAGAAACGCAUGGGACACGCUUUUGAAGCGUAGAAACACGCAUGGUGCGGUCACAAAAGAAGAUGAACUUGACGUAUAUAAAACAUAUAAAUCGCUGCGUGAGUUACCAGGAUGCCUAUUGUGUGAUGAAACCGAUGUACAAAAAUGGUUUGAAGUUGAUAGAAUAGAUAAAAUAAUCAUGAAGAUUUAUACCGACGAAGUUAUUCGAGAUUUUCAAACCAAUACUUUGGGCGUAGGUAUUGUCGACGAUGAAGAAGCUGGGCCUUCUCAUUCAUAG